AUGUUGGGAUCAACAUAUCUUGGGUACUUUCUAGGUCCACACAAGCUUCACGACGUUGUCGGAGACUUGCAACAAUUGCUUCCACAAUAUGCGACCGACUGCCUAACAUCGGCUCUUGAGACCGUAUUGACAUGCUCGCCCGAGAAUGCUACAUGCAUAUGCACGGAUCCAAAUGCCGCUCUUGGGAUGCACCACUGUGCGGACAAGACGUGUACCAUCAGACAAGCUCUGGUCGCGCUCAACGUCAUUGCCACUGUAUGCCAAAGACCAAUUCGCAACAACACCAUCAAGCCAAUUGUCAUUGGUAGCGUUUCAGGCGGUCUUUCCAUUCUAGCGGUUUUACUUCGUACGGUUGACACAGUUGUUGAUGGCCACUUUGGAUGGGGUGAUGCUUGUGCUCUUGGUGCGGGCAUCACGUCCAUACCUAUGACUGGCUUCCUCCUGCGUAUUGCGUUUGCUGGCCUAGGGUGGGAUACCUGGACAUUGUCGCCUGACAGGAUCACAUAUGUCCAGAAGCUGGAAUGGCUUACACAAAUCUUCUACUUGCCUACAACUGCACUCCCAAAGUUGGCAUUUCUCUUGAUGUAUCUACGCGUCUUCCCUCAGAAGCAACUUCGUUGCUACAUUCACGCUACGAUAGCCCUCACAAUAUUCUACUGGUUGUUCUUCGAGAUCAGCUUCAUCUUCUAUUGCCAUCCCACGUUACUCAUCUGGCAGAAAUGGGACCGGGAGCACGACGGGAAGUGCUGGAACAUCAACUACCUCAUACUAUCUGCUGCUGGUGCCACGGUUUGCUUACACCCCUUGAUAAUAUUAUUGCCUAUCCCAGCAUUGCUUCAAUUAUCGAUGAUCUGUCGAAAGAAAUUUGAGGUCAUCGCUGUAUUCGCUGUCGGAGCAUUUAUCCUCUUGGUCUCUUGUGGACGAAUAUCAGCAAUUAUCAAUUACGCCAAAUCGCUAAAUCCAACCUGGGACAAUGCUCCCUCUGAUUACUGGAGUGUCUUAGAGGCCAACAACAGCGUCUUCUGUGUGUGCAUGCCCGCAAUGCGUCGUCUGAUCGUUCGUCAACUCAUAGGACCCAACAACAGAGCUACAGAUUAUGUUCAUUCUGAAGUUGCCACCGCAAACAAUACAUCGCCGCAUGACCAACAGUCCACUAAUGACAACGCAGAAGAAGUAGAGUACCCCUGGGAGCGCACUGCGACAAGCAUUGAACGGGACACACGACGACAGUCCAAGGAUACAAUCGUAUCUAGAGACGAGCGAGUCAUCGCAUCAUAUAUGCGGGCAGCGGAAACCGAAUGUAUCCGGUUCCACGAGGGGCCUGAAGGCGAGCAGGUACUACUGCGAAGGGGCGUCGAUUCGCGUAAACAGACCUCGAAGGCCUUACUACCAGCGACAGAUAUGCCGAGCUUCGAGGACGAUGACUGA